UGGCGUGUAUUUUUAUAGUAAUUACAAAAAUGUUCAAUUUCCUCUAAUUUGGCUGAAAUCUCGGAGUGCGAUGGGUGUAAUCGGUUGUGAAAUUUAACAGAAGCGUGCCGAUUGUCGCCAUCGAAAGGUUUUGUGGUGAAUCUACGGUUAAAUUUCGCGAAUAAAAUGAAGUGAAUUCGUUUUCGUUUGCCGAGUGUGUUCCACGGGUUGGUGUUGGAGUGCGUGAGGAAGAGGGAGAAAGAGAUGUGUCGGUGGAUGAAACUACAAUUUGCUUAAUAGCUAAUAGACUCAAAAUUACUGGUAUGAAUCUGUGAUCCAUUCACGAUGUCCGCGUAUGUGACGAUACUGCCAUAUCUCUUCCUAGGAUUAUUAGGUAUGACUUUAGGACAUGACAUCAAAGGUUCCACACAUUGCGAGUUUUAUAAUUCAACCAGGUGCAUUGAGAACGAGGAGGGAUGUUCCGGAAGAGAAGAGUGUGCUCCGAGCGAACCAGACAAGCGAAAUCACUGUUUCGUUCUCUGGAAAUACGACAGUGCCCUUAAAGAAUCGAAGAUUGUCUUAAAGGGAUGUUUCUUAGAUAGUAAAGAAUGUUACGACAAACCACAUUGUGUGGAAAAAAGCGCAGAUAGAAAACAGCAAAUGUUUUUCUGUUGCUGCGAUGGCAACAUGUGCAACCAAAAUUACACUUGGGAUCCACAGCCUACAGAGCCUCCUCCCCCAGUUAAAGAAAUCGAGCCAGUUCCAAAUCCGGAUCAACAAGUGAUAACGCUGCUAAUAACGAUAGCGAUUCCUGCACUCUUUGUGAUGGUUGGCUUGCCUCUAAUGUUCUGGUGCUACCGUCGAAGAAAACUGGGAUACUUCAACGAGGUACCAACCUUGGAGCCACUUCCUCUGCCGCAACCCUCACCAAAUUUGGGCCUGCGGCCGAUUCAACUUCUUGAGAUCAAAGCCCGAGGUCGAUUCGGAGCCGUCUGGAAGGCUCAGUUCAAAAACGAUGUUAUCGCCGUAAAAGUAUUUCCCAUGCAGGACAAGCAGUCCUGGCAAACUGAACAAGAGAUUUUCAAACUUGCUCACAUGGACCAUGAGGAUAUUUUACAUUACAUUGGUGUCGAAAAAAGAGGCGACAAUCUACAAGCAGAGUUCUGGCUCAUCACGGCUUAUCACGAAAAGGGCUCCCUCUGCGAUUAUCUCAAAGCGAACGUUGUUUCGUGGCCGGAGAUGUGUAGAAUUGCCGAAUCUAUGGCGAGAGGCUUGAUGCAUCUCCAUGAAGAGAUUCCGGCUAAUAAAGCAGACGGAUAUAAACCGGCUGUUGCUCAUAGAGAUUUUAAGUCUAAAAACGUGCUUAUAAAAGCUGACAUGAGUGCAUGCAUAGCUGAUUUCGGCUUAGCACUGAUAUUUCAGCCUGGCAGACCUUGCGGUGAUACGCAUGGACAGGUUGGAACACGGAGGUACAUGGCGCCUGAAGUUUUGGAGGGAGCAAUUAAUUUUACGAGAGAUUCGUUUCUUCGGAUCGACAUGUAUGCUUGUGGACUAGUUCUUUGGGAAUUAGCAUCUCGAUGUACAAUACAAGAUGGACCAAUAGGAGAAUACAGGUUACCAUUCGAGGAAGAAGUCGGACUUCACCCGACGCUCGAAGAUAUGCAGGAAAGCGUUGUGCAUAAAAAGGAAAGGCCUUUUAUUCUGGAAACGUGGAGGAAGCAUCCGGGACUCUUUGCGUUUUGCGAUACGAUGGAAGAAUGCUGGGAUCAUGAUGCCGAGGCGCGACUCUCGGCUUCCUGUGUAAUGGAGAGAGUAGCGACUUUAAGCAGAUCACUUGUCUUGAAUUCGUCGACGUUAAUCAGAGUUGACAACACCGAGUCGAUCACUACGAAAGAAUCUAGUAUGUAAUUAGUCCCUGUACAUUGUAGUUUAGUUAAAUUGCACAAUUAGGCGUUUUCUGUAUAAUAAUUUUUUUUAUACAUAUAGAUCGAUGGGGAAAGUCGGUAUUUUGAAUAUUUAUAAUGAAUUUCACAUUUUUUCACAAACAAGUCAACGCUGAUCUGCGUUCACUGAAUUUGUUUUGCAGUUUAGUACGAUAAUCUGCCAAUCCCCAAAUCUAAUCUUUCACUUCAACGGCGCAUUACAACUUCUAUUUUUAAUACCCCUUUGGCCUACUGGAUGAAAAAUAAUCUAAUUGUCUGUCAGAAGUCAGAUUGCGAAUCGAUUUCGUAAAUUGUUACCUUGACAGUUUUAAGACUAAAGUAAGAAGGAGGAAACUCUUGCCAUUUUUCGAAUCAAUUUACGAUUUUUUCUAGUAGUUUUUUAAUGGAUUGACAUAACUAGUGGGCUUUUUUCAUUCUUAUUUUUAACCUUUGUGAUGUUUGUCUUUUGAGAACUAACAAUACUUUAAGAUUUUUGACGAAAAA